AUGACAGAUACCAUCAACAUGACAGACCCCAUCAACAAGACAGACACCAUCAACAAGACAGACACCAUCAACAUGACAGACACCAUCAACAUGACAGACACCAUCAACAAGACAGAUACCAUCAACAUGACAGACAUCAUCAACAAGACAGAUACCAUCAACAUGACAGAUACCAUCAACAUGACAGACAUCAUCAACAAGACAGACACCAUCAACAUGACAGAUACCAUCAACAUGACAGAUACCAUCAACAUGACAGAUACCAUCAACAUGACAGACCCCAUCAACAAGACAGACACCAUCAACAAGACAGACACCAUCAACAAGACAGACACCAUCAAUAAGACAGACACCAUCAACAAGACAGACACCAUCAACAUGACAGACCCAUCAACAAGACAGACACCAUCAACAAGACAGACACCAUCAACAUGA